CCCCGCGCCCCACUUAGUGGCCGCGGACCUAAGGCAAGUCACCGGACCUCUCUGCGUCUCGGCUCCUCUUCUGUGAAAUGGGGUCACUGCGGUACCCACCUCAGAGAAGACUGUUGCGAGGCUCAAUUGAGAUAAUAUUACAUGGUAGCUUGUAUUUUUUGCACCCUCCCUAAGAACGCUUAACCAUCGCCCAACACAACUGGCUUAUUGGCUUCCCGGAGGCUACGGAGGAACAGAAGAGGAGAUCCGUCUCAGGAGAGGCUUGCUGUAUGCCAUUCUCUCCGGGCACCCUCUAGACCUUUGUCCCCAAGCCAGAAAGAAACGUUAUAACCCAUGGCCCUCAUCACGGGGAGCCCAAGGCAUAACCGAGGAGUCAUCAGCGAUACACACGCAGGAAAGUGACUCCAAAGCUCUUAGCCGGGGUCACAAUCACCGGCAUCUGACGGUUCUCCUGGGAAAAGGGGUUACAGCCCCACCUGGCCGGCGCUGAGCUCUGACAAAGUCCUGGGUCUACUCGGCACAUCUUGCUCGCUUCCCGAGUUCUGUUCCCUGUUGAAGGAGGUGGCUGGUGGCCACCCCCAAGAACGAGGGCAUGGGAGGGGGAGGGGAGCUAGGCUCUGUGUUGGCGGUUGCCAUGGUUUUGCUCCGAGUUCUGGAGUCAACCUGCCCACUCCCUGAGACACUCAGGUCACAGAAGCAGUAGGUCAGAAGCCUGAGGGGACAUAACGAGGGCCACUCUGGAGGCCGCCAGUGCACCUGUUGAGAUGGAGGCCUCCGAUGGGCAAGGGGCUGAAGGGGACAAGCCACUAAACGAGGUGACAGGUGUACCCUGCUUGGAGAAGGGUUCCGGCACCAUGCCCACCAGAGACUCACUUGUACGCCAUGCCAAGGGCCUGGGCCAGGACACCUUCAAAAUUUGUAAAGAAUAUCUAAGGCCACUGAAGAAGUUCCUGCGAAAGUUGCACCUGCCCAGGGACCUUCCCCAGAAGAAGAAGCUGAAGUACAUGAAGCAGAGCCUGGUGGUCCUAGGGGACCACAUCAACACCUUUCUGCAGCACUACUGCCGAACCUGGGAAAUCAAGCACUGGAGGAAGAUGCUCUGGCGAUUUGUUUCUCUCUUCUCGGAAUUAGAGGCGAGACAGCUUCGCAGGCUUUACAAGUACACCAAGAGCAACCAGACGGCCAAGUUCCUGGUGGCGUUCUGCCCCUUGGACGCCCCGGAGAGCUCCUUGCUGGCUGGCCGGGAAGACAGUCUGCCCAAGCUGUGCAGUGCGUGGGGGCUGCAGAACAACAUCAGUUGCAUGAAGGAGAGGCUGUCCAAGAUGCAGGCGCCUGGCCGAGAGGCCUCCCUGCUGGUGGAGCCAGCACCCCGGGGCCCGGGCGGGAAAGGUUCUCUAAGGAAACUUCCUCACAAAACAAAACUCAAGAGAAAGAGGAUUAAGGAAGCCCCAGAGACUCCAGGGACCUGCGCGUAA